CGGAGCCGUCCUCCGUCCUCCGGGGCCCGGUCCUGGAGAGCUCCGGCCCAGCCGGCCCGAGCCGCGAUCCGGGGCCCAUUGUCCGGCGGUCCGUCUGUCCGGAGGCGGGGCCCAGGGCCCCGGAGCGCAGCGGAGCGCCGAGGCGCCGGAUACGCGCCGCUUGGAUCCGGGCGAGUCGGCUGCGCUCCGUGGGAACUGCCGCAGAGCUGGAGGUCUGAAAGAGAACUGUGCUUGAUAUGCAGAUGUGAUAGAAGACUGCCUGAAAGCUGCUUCCUUUGCCACUUCCUGUGGAGGCCUGUCUUUGCCAUUUGUGGUUUCUUUCUUCUUUUGGCUAGCACCUUGCAAAGAAAUAGUAACACAUGCAGUCGUGAAACUGGGAAAGGCCAGAAUUCUCAUAUCAGAGAAACAUGUCCCGUCGGAAACAGACUAAUCCAAAUAAAGUUCACUGGGAUCAAGUAUUUGCUGGGCUAGAAGAGCAAGCCCGCCAGGCGAUGAUGAAAACUGAUUUUCCUGGAGACCUUGGCAGUCAGCGACAAGCUAUCCAACAACUAAGAGAUCAGGACUCCAGUAGCAGUGACAGUGAGGGUGAUGAAGAGGAGACCACACAAGAUGAAGUCUCUUCCCACACAUCAGAGGAAGAUGGCGGGGUGGUCAAAGUCGAAAAAGAGUUAGAAAAUGCAGAGCAGCCUGUUGGUGGGAACGAAGUGGUAGACCAUGAGGUCACAGAAAAUUUGAGUUCUGACCCCUUGCUUGAACUCUGCCAGUGUCCCCUCUGCCAGCUGGACUGUGGGAGUCGGGAGCAGCUGAUCGCUCACGUGUACCAGCAUACUGCGGCAGUGGUGAGUGCCAAGAGCUACAUGUGUCCUGUCUGUGGCAGAGCCCUUAGCUCCCCAGGGUCAUUGGGUCGCCACCUACUAAUCCACUCAGAGGACCAGCGGUCUAACUGUGCUGUGUGUGGAGCCCGUUUCACCAGCCAUGCCACUUUUAACAGUGAGAAGCUUCCUGAAGUACUUAAUAUGGAAUCCCUACCCCCAGCCCAUAAUGAGGGUCCCUCCAGUGCUGAGGGAAAAGACAUUGCCUUUAGUCCUGCAGUGUACCCUGCUGGAAUUCUGCUUGUGUGCAACAACUGUGCUGCCUACCGUAAGCUACUGGAAGCUCAGACCCCCAGUGUACGCAAGUGGGCCUUACGUCGACAGAAUGAGCCUUUGGAAGUGCGGCUACAGCGGUUAGAACGAGAGCGCACGGCCAAGAAGAGCCGGCGGGACAAUGAGACCCCUGAGGAGCGGGAGGUGAGGCGCAUGAGGGACCGGGAGGCCAAGCGCCUGCAGCGCAUGCAGGAGACAGAUGAGCAGCGGGCACGCCGGCUGCAGCGGGAUCGGGAGGCCAUGAGGCUGAAGAGGGCUAAUGAAACCCCAGAGAAGCGGCAGGCCCGGCUCAUCCGAGAGCGAGAGGCCAAGCGGCUCAAGAGGAGGCUGGAGAAAAUGGACAUGAUGUUGCGAGCUCAGUUUGGCCAAGAUCCUUCGGCCAUGGCAGCCUUAGCAGCUGAGAUGAACUUCUUCCAACUACCCGUGAGUGGGGUGGAGUUGGACAGCCAGCUGCUGGGCAAGAUGGCCUUUGAAGAGCAGAACAGCAGCUCUCUGCACUGAACCACACCCUCCAGUGUGCUCUCCCUCUCCCAGCCCCCACCCAUUCCAGCCCGCAGGUGUUAGUGCUGCAGCCAUUCACAAGGUCAUCCUUGCUGCCAGCUGCAGGCCCGAGCUGGCUGCAGGUGGACCUGUGCACCCCUUGCAUGUGGGAACAGGAUGAUGGGGUCAGGAGGGACCCAGCCCAGCCCAAGGCAGCUCUGGACAAGGGAGCAGGCACUCCAGAGAACUGGACUCCAUAGCCCACUGCUGCAGGAUGGACGUUUGGGACUGUGGGGCCCCAAGUGUGGCCCAGGAAGUUGUGAGGACAAAUAAAUUAAUUUUAUCUUUA